UAGCUUGAAGGUUCAAAGUUGAAGUACAAAGUACAAGUGUUUCUUCGUUUUUCUUCACUUCGUUGUUUGUGCCUUUGGGAAAAUGGUUCGUGCGUGGUACAUGGAUGAUGACACCACCACAGAUCAGAGGGAAGAGCAUCAGUUGAAUCCGCCUGUGCCGCUGUCACUCGAUGAAGUCAGUGAAAAAUCUGGAGUUCUGUAUUGGAAGUUAGAUGCAGACAACUACGAACGCGAUGGAGAGCUCGAAAAGAUACGACGAGAUAGAGGGUAUUCCUACACAGAUGUGAUAGAAAUAUCGAAGGAGAAGCUAGCGAACUAUGAAGACAAGAUCAAAAUGUUCUAUCAAGAGCACCUGCACUCAGACGAAGAGAUCCGCUUCGUACUGGAAGGUUGUGGUUUCUUCGAUGUACGAGAUAAGGAUGACAAGUGGAUCCGGAUUUAUGUUACCAAAGGCGACCUACUCGUGUUGCCUGCCGGAAUCUACCAUCGAUUCACCCUCACAACUAAGAAUUACAUUAAAGCAAUGAGAUUAUUUGUUGGAGAACCUGUCUGGACUCCCAUCAACCGACCAGCGGACGACCACCCGGCGCGUGCAAAGUAUGUGGAGACACUCCGCAGAGGCUUCAACGGAUGAGGUACAGAAGUGACAUCCCAGGUGCGGGGGCAAAGCACGAUUUAAUGAAACCAUGGGGAACAAUGAUUUUUAUGAUUCUAAGAUGCAGAGCGGCAUGUUAUAGAAUAAUAUGGUGCUAUUUUUAUUGAGAAAUAAACCUUUUAAUGAAACCUUU